GAUCAGGGCACGCUCGCGGCAGAUCUCGCAGGACUUUGGCUCGACACAGAUCGCAGUCAGGCCACACCUGGACCUGCACCUGAAGCUCAGCAAGGUGUACGUGUCGGUCGUGUCCGAGAGGGAGCGCCAGGAGCUGUUCCUAGGCCGGCUGAGCGGCUUCUCCCUCCGUCUCAACCAGUCGUCCGUGGACGAGACGGGGAAGCUG